CAGCAGCGUAUUUGGAAUGGCGAAAGCUUACAAGGAGGUUGAAACAAUUAAUUUGUAGGGAAGAUCAUCAGAGACUAUCAAAUGUAGGAGUAUCUUCUCAGGCUCAGUAGACAUCAAGGUGACUGGUCGGUGGAAGGUAUUCCUGCUUGUCCUGCUAUUAUACUCAUUUGCACGUUCUCAAUUCGUUACUGGUACAGGGAAGCCAACAGGCUACAAAGCUGUUUUGUCUGGCAUAAUACAAUAUUAACUUUAUUAUACAAGUUAUGUUUUUCUUUGAGAAAUACUUUGGUCUUUUGUAGUCUACAAGAAGGAAAAAACACCCGGAACCUGAAGCUCAAAAACUGUUCUCAUGGUUUUUCUGUACUCCAUAGAUGUUUCUCAUUACUUUACAAAUUUUUGAAAUGGGAAGUUUUCCCAUUUUUCAGUGAAGUUAACGGGUUGCACAAGAUUAUUUUAUCACAGCUGAUUAGAGUCCAAGUAUCACUACUUCACCUGUGUUCUCUUUCAGUGUGAACUGAUAAAAUGUAUAACUGGAUGCAAGUUACUGGCAAAGCCAGUACAAAACCAUUUGCAUCCUUCUCAGAAGGGCACAGAGCUGUUUAAUAAGAUGAAUAUGGUAAGCUUGGAGUUUAAAUGCUCCGACUUCCUUUUGGAUAAGGUGUACAAUGUAAGCGAGAGCAAGAGUUUAGAAAGAUUUUGUGUAGGAUAAUACACUUUGGGCAUGAUGAUCAUUAUAGUAAGUGCUAAGAACACGGACAGAAGUUUUAUUUUGGGGUGUGAUUUAGUCUAUCAGGCAGCAGGUAGAACAUCAAAGCAUUCUUUGAGAUGAGUUGUUCCAUUAUUCAGUUAUUUGCUGUGAGGAAAUCCAGUUGUUUUUUCUUCUCAGGUAGGUGGUACAAACUGUGGAGUAUCUUGAGCCUGAGAGAUUGUUAGCAGAACAGCAGGAUGGUUCCUAUGCUCUGCUUCCCUCCUGUCCAGUGCUUAGCCAUGUAACCACUGACCAUCUGUAUCCCAUCACCUUCAUAUGUGCAACAGUAAUUUCUUCAGACUGUUAGCACAGAAGUUUGUGGUGGGUUUGUGUUGGGUUUGCUUUGUGGUUUUUUUGGGUGUUCCCCUUCUCUCCCCGAAAGUUGCUCCCUUUAAAGAAAUUAAAAGUGUAAUUGUAAUAUUGUAUAUAACAGGAGCCUCUAUGUAAUUGUGUGCAAUGUGCUUUUAGAACACUCUACCCUGAAGGCUGAGAAUGACUGGAGCAGAGGCGAAAGCAUGAUUUUUCUUUACACCACCCAGGCAUCUUUCUUCAUCCUCUAGCAUUUCAUGACUUCCAUAUAUCUCAUGAUAAACUGGAAGAGAAGAACCUUAAUAUUAGUAAAAACUAGAGAUUCAUUUUUUUAACUGAACUUACUGCAGUCUUUGGUUGGGAUUUGAAGGUUUGGUGUUCAAACUGUGUUGUUCUUUUGGGGGGAUGGACAGAUGUAGGAAUGUCAUUAAAAUAACGAUUCUAGAAGACUUAAUCUACAGGACAAAGCAGUGCUUGCUUUUAUGUAUGCCAUGGUAUUAUAUUAGGUGGACUUCUGGUUUUGGAAGUUCUUGUGUGCCUUACCUAGUAAUGUCAUAAUUUUUCCAGUUUGAAUGUUGAGCAGUAUAUCUCAUAUUCCCUUAUUAUUUCUGCUUUGUAUUGCAGACUGCAUUAGUUAAGUAAAUUUUCCGUGACAUUUGUCACCUUCAAAUUCCUGCAGCUUUUGGAGUCAUGAAGCAAAGAACUGAAACUAGUAUCAAGGAAUUUCCUUGUUGGAGGUUACCUAGGGUGAAACAAAAUUACAGGCUUGGAGACUCUGGAAAAGCUCAGCAUCAGCAUUUGAGAGCUGAAGCUUGCAAAUUAUGUGAUUAAUCUACAAGCUGAUAUCAUGAUGUCAAGAUGCAGUUUGGGAAGCAUAAACUCAGAGACUGCGGAAAUUAAAACGUAGGCUGUGCUGAAACAAAAAUGCAAGUAAAGAAACACUGGAUGAAUGAAUGAAAAGCCCUGCUUUGCAAUCCCUCAGCAUGGCAGGACUGCAGCUCAUGACCCCUGCUUCCUCCCCAAUGGGUCCAUUUUUUGGACUACCAUGGCAACAAGAAGCAAUUCAUGAUAACAUUUACACGCCAAGAAAAUAUCAGGUCGAACUGCUUGAAGCAGCUUUGGAUCAUAAUACAAUAGUCUGCUUAAACACUGGCUCAGGGAAGACUUUUAUUGCAGUACUACUCACUAAAGAGCUGUCCUAUCAGAUCAGGGGAGAUUUCAACAAAAAUGGAAAAAGAACUGUGUUCUUGGUCAACUCGGCAAAUCAAGUUGCUCAACAAGUGUCAGCUGUCAGGACACAUUCCGAUCUUAAAGUGGGAGAGUAUUCAAGUCUAGAGAUAACUGAAUCAUGGACAAAAGAGAAGUGGAAUCAGGAAUUCUCUAAGCAUCAGGUUGUGGUUAUGACAUGUCAUGUUGCAUUGGCUGUUUUGAGAAAUGAGUAUUUAUCCCUAUCUAAUAUUAAUCUUCUGGUGUUUGAUGAGUGCCAUCUUGCAAUCCAGGAUCACCCGUACCGUGAAAUUAUGAAGAUCUGUGAGGAUUAUCCAUCAUGUCCUCGAAUCUUGGGAUUAACAGCUUCCAUUUUAAAUGGGAAAUGUGAUCCUGCUGAGUUAGAGGAGAAGAUCCAGAAACUGGAGAAAAUUUUAAAGAGCAAUGCUGAAACCGCAACUGAUUUGGUGGUCUUAGACAGAUAUACUUCUCAGCCAUGUGAGAUUGUUGUAGACUGUGGACCAUAUACUGACAAAAGUGGUUUGUACGGAAGAUUAUUAAAGGAGUUGGAUGAAGCACUUACUUUUCUAAAUGACUGCAACAUAUCUGUACAUUCAAAAGAAAGAGAUUCUACAUUAAUUUCUAAGCAGGUACUGUCAGACUGUCGAGCUGUGUUGGUGGUUCUGGGACCCUGGUGUGCAGAUAAGGUAGCUGGAAUGAUGGUGAGAGAGCUACAGAAGUAUAUCAAACAUGAACAAGAGGAGCUGCACAGGAAAUUUUUAUUGUUUACAGACACUUUCCUAAGGAAAAUACAUGCACUCUGUGAAGAACACUUCUCGCCUGCCUCACUUGACCUGAAAUUUGUAACCCCAAAAGUAAUAAAGCUGCUUGAAAUCUUGCGCAAAUACAAACCAUAUGAACGGCAGCAGUUUGAAAGUGUUGAAUGGUAUAACAAUAGGAAUCAGGAUAAUUAUGUGUCUUGGAGUGAUUCUGAAGAUGAUGAUGAAGAUGAAGAAAUUGAGGAAAAAGAGAAGCCAGAGACUAAUUUCCCAUCUCCCUUUACUAAUAUAUUAUGUGGAAUUAUUUUUGUGGAAAGAAGAUACACAGCAGUUGUUCUAAAUAGGUUGAUAAAAGAAGCUGGCAAGCAAGAUCCAGAACUGGCUUAUAUCAGUAGCAAUUUUAUAACUGGACAUGGCAUUGGCAAGAACCAGCCUCGGAACAAGCAGAUGGAAGUAGAAUUCAGAAAACAGGAAGAGGUUCUUAGAAAAUUUCGAGCACAUGAGACCAACCUGCUUAUUGCUACUAGUAUUGUAGAAGAGGGUGUUGACAUACCAAAAUGCAACUUGGUGGUGCGUUUUGAUUUGCCCACAGAAUACCGUUCCUAUGUGCAGUCAAAAGGAAGAGCUCGAGCACCAAUUUCCAAUUACAUCAUGUUAGCAGAUACAGACAAAAUCAAAAGUUUUGAAGAAGAUCUUAAGACAUACAAAGCAAUUGAGAAGAUCCUCAGAAACAAAUGCUCAAAAUCUGUUGAUACCAAUGAAACUGAAACUGAACCCAUUGUUGAUGAUGAUGAUAUAUUUCCACCCUAUGUGUUGAGGCCAGAUGAGAACAGUCCCAGAGUCACCAUUAACACUGCUAUUGGGCACAUAAAUAGGUACUGCGCUAGAUUACCGAGUGAUCCAUUUACACACCUAGCUCCCAAGUGUAAAACCCGAGAACUACCUGAUCAUACAUUUUACUCUACUCUCUACCUGCCAAUCAACUCACCUCUUCGAGCUUCAAUUGUUGGUCCUCCGAUGAGUUGUGCAAGACUGGCUGAGAGAGUUGUAGCUCUUAUUUGCUGUGAAAAACUGCACAAAAUUGGUGAACUCGAUGAUCAUUUGAUGCCAGUUGGUAAAGAAACGGUUAAAUAUGAGGAGGAGCUUGAUUUACAUGAUGAAGAAGAAACCAGUGUUCCAGGAAGGCCAGGCUCUACGAAGCGAAGACAGUGCUAUCCUAAAGCUAUUCCAGAGUGUUUGAGGGAUAGUUAUCCCAAACCUGAUCAGCCCUGCUACUUGUAUGUAAUAGGAAUGGUGUUAACAACUCCUCUACCUGAUGAACUCAACUUCAGGAGACGAAAGCUAUAUCCUCCUGAGGAUACAACGAGAUGUUUUGGCAUAUUGACAGCUAAACCUAUACCUCAGAUUCCUCAUUUUCCUGUGUAUACUCGCUCUGGAGAGGUUACAAUAUCUAUUGAGCUUAAGAAAUCUGGUUUUACUCUGUCUCUGCAAAUGCUCGAGCUGAUAACACGACUCCAUCAGUACAUCUUUUCACAUAUUCUUCGUCUUGAGAAACCUGCACUAGAAUUCAAACCCACAGAAGCUGAUUCAGCCUAUUGUGUUCUACCUCUUAAUGUUGUUGAUGACUCCAGCACUUUGGACAUUGACUUUAAGUUUAUGGAAGACAUUGAGAAAUCUGAGGCGCGUACAGGCAUUCCCAGUACACAGUAUACAAAAGAAAUGCCUUUUAUUUUUAAAUUAGAAGAUUACCAGGAUGCAGUUAUCAUUCCACGGUAUCGAAAUUUUGAUCAGCCUCAUCGAUUCUAUGUAGCUGAUGUGUACACUGAUCUUACUCCACUCAGUAAAUUCCCUUCCCCUGAAUACGAAACUUUUGCUGAAUAUUAUAAAACAAAGUAUAAUCUUGACCUGACCAAUCUCAACCAGCCACUGCUGGAUGUGGACCACACAUCUUCAAGACUUAAUCUUUUGACUCCUCGCCAUUUGAAUCAGAAGGGGAAAGCACUUCCACUAAGCAGUGCUGAGAAGAGGAAGGCAAAGUGGGAAAGUUUGCAGAAUAAGCAGAUAUUGGUUCCAGAGCUCUGUGCUAUACAUCCUAUUCCAGCAUCAUUGUGGAGAAAAGCAGUUUGCCUGCCCAGCAUACUUUAUCGCCUGCACUGCCUGUUGACAGCAGAGGAACUAAGAGCUCAAACAGCCAUGGAUGCUGGUGUAGGGGUUAAAUCGCUUCCUGCAGAUUUCAGAUAUCCUAACUUGGACUUCGGAUGGAAAAAAUCUAUUGACAGCAAAUCGUUCAUCUCUAUUCCUAACUCCUCUUUAGUAGAGAAUGAAAAUUACUGUAAGCACAGCACAAUUGUAGUCCCUGAAAAUGCUGCACAUCAAGGUGCUAAUAGAACCUCUUCUGCAGAAAACCAUGACCAAAUGUCUGUGAGUUACAGAACAUUGCUCAAUGAGUCACCCAGUAAACUCCAAAUUGAUGUCUCGGCAGAACUUGCAGCAAUUAAUGGUGUUUCUUAUAAUAAAAAUCUUGCCAAUGGCAAUUGUGAUUUAGUUAACAGAGACUUUUGCCAAGGAAAUCAGCUGAAUUACUGCAGGCAGGAGAUACCUGUACAACCAACUACCUCAUAUCCCAUUCAGAAUUUAUACAGCAGUGAGAACCAGCCCAAGCCCAGCAAUGAAUGUACUCUACUGAGUAAUAAAUACCUUGAUGGAAAUGCUAACAGAUCUACCUCAGAUGGAUGCCCCAAAAUGGCAGUGACCACCAGUACUUCAAAAGCUUUUAAUCUUUUGAAAGACAGAGCAGAUUCUGAAAACAACCCUUCCAGUGGGUACUCCUCAAAAACCCUCGGUCCUAAUCCUGGUCUCAUUCUUCAAGCUUUGACUCUUUCAAAUGCUAGUGAUGGAUUUAAUCUGGAGCGGCUAGAAAUGCUUGGUGAUUCAUUUUUAAAGCACGCCAUCACUACAUAUUUGUUUUGCACUUACCCCGAUGCUCAUGAGGGACGGCUGUCAUAUAUGAGAAGCAAAAAAGUCAGCAACUGUAACUUGUAUCGCCUUGGGAAAAAGAAAGGACUGCCUAGUCGGAUGGUGGUAUCAAUUUUUGAUCCCCCAGUCAAUUGGCUUCCUCCUGGUUACAUAGUAAACCAGGACAAGAGCAACACUGAUAAGUGGGAAAAAGAUGAAAUGACAAAGGAGAACUUGUUGGCUAACGGUAAACUUGAUGAUUAUGAUGAUGAAGAGGAUGAAAACCUAAUGUGGAGUUUACCUAAGGAGGAAACGGACUUUGAAGAUGAUUUUCUGGAGUACGACCAGGAGCAUAUCAAAUUCAUUGAUAAUAUGUUAAUGGGAUCAGGGGCUUUUGUAAAGAAAAUCUCUCUCUCUCACUUUUCAACCACUGAUUCAAACUAUGAGUGGAAAGCACCCAAAAAGUCAUCCCUGGGUAACGUUCAGUUUUCAUCAGAUUUUGAUGAUUUUGACUAUAGCUCUUGGGAUGCUAUGUGCUAUCUGGAUCCUAGCAAGGCUGUUGAAGAGGAUGAUUUUGUAGUGGGCUUCUGGAAUCCAUCAGAAGAAAACUGUGGUGUUGAUGCAGGAAAACAGUCUAUCUCCUAUGACUUGCAUACAGAGCAGUGUAUCGCCGACAAAAGCAUUGCAGACUGUGUGGAAGCCCUGUUGGGCUGUUAUCUGACCAGCUGUGGUGAAAGGGCUGCUCAGCUUUUCCUGUGUUCAUUGGGGCUGAAGGUGCUCCCUGUAAUUAAAAAGACUGAUUGGGAAGGCACUUUGUGUGCUACCAGAGGGAAUUGUAACACUGAGCAGAAACAUCUUUCACCAAACUCUGUUUCUGCUUCUGUAGCUAAUUCAGAGCCUUCUCUGUAUAAAGACCUGGAGUAUGGCUGUUUGAAGAUUCCACCGAGGUGUAUGUUUGAUCACCCAGAUGCUGAAAAAACCCUGAAUCACCUUAUUUCUGGUUUUGAAAACUUUGAAAAGAAAAUAAACUACAGUUUUAAGAACAAGGCUUAUCUUCUUCAGGCAUUUACUCAUGCCUCGUACCAUUAUAAUACCAUAACUGAUUGUUACCAGCGCUUAGAAUUCCUGGGAGAUGCAAUUUUGGACUACCUCAUAACCAAGCACCUUUAUGAAGACCCACGGCAGCACUCUCCAGGAGUUCUUACUGACCUACGAUCUGCUCUAGUCAAUAAUACCAUUUUUGCAUCGUUAGCUGUAAAGUAUGACUACCACAAGUACUUCAAAGCUGUCUCUCCUGAACUGUUUCAUGUUAUCGAUGACUUUGUGCAGUUUCAAAUGGAAAAGAAUGAAAUGCAAGGAAUGGAUUCUGAGCUCAGAAGAUCUGAAGAAGAUGAAGAAAAAGAGGAAGACAUUGAAGUACCAAAAGCCAUGGGGGAUAUUUUUGAGUCUCUUGCUGGUGCCAUUUAUAUGGAUAGUGGAAUGUCUUUGGAAAUGGUUUGGCAAGUGUACUAUCCAAUGAUGAGGCCGUUAAUAGAAAAAUUUUCUGCUAAUGUGCCCCGUUCCCCAGUGCGAGAGCUGCUGGAGAUGGAGCCAGAGACAGCCAAAUUUAGUCCUGCAGAAAGAACUUACGAUGGAAAGGUCAGAGUAACAGUGGAAGUAGUAGGAAAGGGAAAGUUUAAAGGUGUUGGCAGAAGCUACAGGAUUGCCAAAUCUGCAGCUGCGAGAAGAGCACUACGAAGCCUCAAAGCAAAUCAACCUCAGGUCCCAAACAGCUGAGACUCCUCUUAAAAAUAAAUAAAAUGAGGGGAAAAAACCAUACAAAUAAAGGAAAUUUUGAAAAAUUUUGAUGUUGAGAGGAACAAAUUGGAAGACAGAAUUUAAAGUUUGUUUGAUAACAAUAGAUAGCAAAACAUUUAACAUGUAUAAAAUUUUGGAACUAAUUGUAGUUAUAGUUUUUUGCGCAAACACAAUCUUGUCUUCUUUCCUCACUUCUGCUUCGUUUAAUCACAAGAGUGCUUUAAUGAUGACAUUUAGCAAGUGUUCAGAAUAAUUGUUGUCAGGUCUUUUUGGUUUACUUUUAUUGUCAGUACAGCUUUGCUUAGUGUUAGAAGGCCAGGGAGCUUAUGCCUAAUGCAGUUGCUAGAUUUAUAUAUAGUAAUCUUGAAAUUUUUCAAUCUGUGCACUAGUGCCAGUCAUAAAGCAGUUGAUAAACUGUACUGGAUGAUUGGGUGUAAGAAAGAAUAAGUGUGCCAGUAUUCUUUUUUUUUUCUUCUUUUUCUUUUUCCCCUCUCCAUGUCAUCUUUUUACAUUAAGAUGGCAUUCCCAAUCAUUAUUGCACUUAUUUGUUAGGGACAGAUUUUAAUUGAAAUGGCUGGCAUACUGGUAGAAUGAAACUUCAAUUUCCUUAUGCCACACAGUCUUGCAUAAAAAAAAGGUUCUUGCCUUAAAAAUAAAUAAACCCUCAUUAAUAAUCUUUAAUUUCUGAUCUUUUUCAGAACAAACUGUUUUACAUUCCCUUCAUUUUGUUAUGCAUUUUACAAUGAUACAGCUCUAUAUUUACAAUACAACUCAUUACUAUGGCUGUAACUUAUUACAGGAUUAUAAUGAAAUUGUAUUCAUAUAUAUGUAACUAGGUUAUUUUUAACGAUUCAGAGGAAGUGAUUAGUCUACAGUUUUUUUUAUACCAUAAACAAAAUAUGGUCUUUGGUUAAAAUUCCAAUUUUACACAAACCUGCAAGCUAGAUAGUUCCAGUACUGGAAACAGUAACAAAUAAUUGCACAGUGCAAACUGUCACUCUUACAAAAUAACCUGAGACAUAUCACACCUAAAAUAUGCUGCAGAUUUUAUAGUCAAUUGGUUAUGUAUUUAACAAACAGAGCACCUUUACACUUAGAGAUAUUUCCACGUAAAUUUCUUACUGUACUUUUCAGAGUUGCAUGCAUGUUUCACCUACCAAAGCUGUGCUGUUAAAUAACAUGAAAGUUGAUGUUUGAGAUAUAACUGCCGUACUUUUGAUACAUCUGUGAUUUAGGUCCUUAAUUUAGAGAAACUAGCUCAUUGGUGUUUUGGUCUA